ACGCUGAUACUUAGUAAUGAACAAAGUCUACUUCAAUCAAUUUUUGAGCUGUCCCUUGUCAAAGUUCUCGUCAGCAUAAAAGCGAAAAUGAUCAAUAUCUGGGUCUAAGGGAGUGCCAGAUGGACUGAUAAAAUACGUCAGUGGUAAAUUUAGAUUAUAUCUAUUCAACAUCCUAAGGAUAGACCUAUUGUACACAAGGUGGCUUUUACGCCAUCGAGAUGAAAAAACUUGGUAAACACUCAUAAUAUUUUGUUGCCAUGCCAUAAACAGCAUUAUAAAUAACAUAAUAACACAAUAAAGUGAAUUGAGAAAUUAUCAGUGUAGGUUUUCCUGGCAGAUAAUUGAGCUCCACAGGAUGGAACAGGCGCAAUGACAAUAAACAUUUAAUUUGCAAAUUAGCACAUUUAUGCGUGUUAUUUAUAGUCGUCUGAAUCUAAAUUACGAAUGCUAUUUUGAUCCAUAUAACAAUAGGAUAGUGUACUCUGGUUCCCUUUGCACACAUAGUACCUUAUCUGGGAAACUUUCAGGUGAAACCAAUAGAUAUAAAUCUCCCAGCUAGUAACACAAACACGCUGGCUAUUAGGUAGUAUGCAAGUGAGCCAGGUUUCAGCGUCGCUGAACCGAAAACGAUUUAACCGCCUUAGAAAUUCUGUAGAUUCAUGGACAAAAUCGGUAGGAGAAAAGAAUCUGGACCGGCAAAGAUCAGCGGUGGUUCAAGCGUUGACGUUGGAGAGCAUGUGCAUGCCCUCCAAGGGCUCUACAAAAGCUGCUCUAAACAAAACCAAAAAGGACUGCGGCACCGACUGCGGGGAAGUUUAUAAACCAGUAUGUGCUGGAGACGGUUCUGGAAAAAAUAAUAAGAGCUUCGGCAACGAAUGUGUGCUCAACAAGUACAUCUGCGAGUCUGGCAACCAACUAAAAAUUGUCAGCCAAGGGGAAUGUCCAGGAGGUGGUGGCGUUCGCCUACAGUGAGCAGUUGAAUUGAUACUCACAUACUUUAUUCGGUCAGGUUAAAAUACGUGAUUGAUCUGACUGACCCUUUAUUAAUGAUGUUUAUAAAUAAACUAUGUAAUGAACCGUUGUUACAUACAGGAUGAGAAAUUAAAAUAGUUUCUAACAAAACAGUUCAUCUUGUUUUGCUUAUGAUUAGGUAGAUCAGGGCUGUCCAACUUAAUGUGGCCCAAGGGCCACUUAAAAAAAAAUGCAGUUUGGAGGGC